CAAUUAGUGAUUGGACAAAAACUCUUACGUCGAAACAAGUGUUGGAAAAAUUAGAAAAAGUUAAUGUGCCAUGUGGUAGUAUUUAUAAUAUUGAAGAUAUUGUUAAUGAUGAUCAUGUUAAAGAACGUAAUGUAAUUGAAAUUACUCACGUUGGUAAAAAUAAAAGUGAUGGCGGUUAUGACUUAAAGGUUCCUGCUUUAUCACCAAAGCUUGAAUCCACACCUGGCGAAACUAUGUGGGCCGGAUCUGAUUUAGGCGAACAUAAUCAUGAAGUUUUUAUAAACCUUUUAGGAUUAAAAGAAGUUGAUGUUAAAAAAAUGCAAGAUGAUGGAAUUAUAGGAAAAACUAUGUAA